AUGAUGACCAGCGGAGUCAGCCUGUCGGCGGUCCCGCUACCGCGACGCCGCCGUACUACCACCGUCUCGCCAUCGUUACCUUUCUUCGUCGCGAACUCCCAGCGACGGCAAUUGGACGACUGCCAACCAAUAGGCGUUGUCGAACUUAUCUUUCCCGCCAUUUAUCUCUGUCGUAUCCGCCCAUGCAAUGCGCUUACGUCAUUUGUCCGACCGCCGCCUAGAAAAACCGACCCGUCAUCGUCGCCGUCACUUCAGCGCGUCAGUCAGUUGUCGGGGUCGUCGUCGUCGUCGCUGCCGUCGGUUUUUGUCGCUUCGUCGCCACAAACGUUCUGUCAUUGUCGUUGCCGUUCGGGCGCCAGCCGAUUGGUUGUCGAUGCUGUGCUGCUCGUUAGUCUCCGCCCACCACUGCCGUCUCCGCCUGUGACGCCGCUGUCGCCGUCGAUCCCCGCCUCUUUCUCCUCCAUCACCAACCUUCGCCGCGACGGUAGCGUUUCUGCUCGACGGCGUGCCUACAGAGACUUCGCUUCGUCAUGUCACUCUUCCGGUUCUGGUGUCCUGGUAGCAGCGGCCGAUAUGUGGCGCUUGUUCUCGGCACCAUGUGACCGCUUAACCGUUACUCACUCGAUCCGGAGGUUCGGUUCGAGUACAAGCGAGCGAGCGGCGCAUAAAAUAUUCUCCUCGGACUUUUCUUUCGCGCAGCGAACGUUCGGAGGAGUGAAGUCGAAAGCGAAUGAUCAUAACGAAACGCGAUCGGGCGACGGCGUCGCUAAAUCCGACAAUCUUUACUCGUCUGAACUCGCGAAAGCUUCGAAAAGUCGUGUUGAUGACCUUUUCCACUGCUCCGAAGGAAUCGAUACCUACAGGGAUGACUACCGCAUCUACUACGCAAAUCUGCAUUUCGAUCCUCAGUUUUUGAUAUUUCAGCAUGUUUUCUCUCCAAUUAACAUCAGGCUUACCGUCAACCUGGACUUCGGCUCGGCGCAGAAGUUUCGUCUGUAG